AUGAUGAGCUCUUGGCUACGUAACAUUCAAGGACAGUUAUCGGAAUUCGCAUCCGAAGUACUAAAUGAGGCUGCUGAAGAGGUGAAUGACCCGGAAAGUGAAUUGCGGGUUAUCAGGGAAAAGUUCUUGGAAGCAGAGAAAGAGCUCAGUAACGAAAAAGAGAAUGUGCAGAGGUUAAAGAAGAAAAUUGAUAAUCUUGAGGAAGAGCUUUAUGCGAAGAAUCUCGAAUUAGCUACAAUAAAUGAGAAAUAUACUGGCGUGAUCGAAAGUCGUGACACUCAAAUUCGUGCAUUGCAGGCAGAAUUAGAACGAACUCAUCAUGCAAUUCAAGAAUCAUUAAAUGAUGGGGAUGAUGACGGGUUCUUCCCAGCGAAUAAUGCUCGUGUUGCACGCAUGAGGGAUGAAAUUGAUCAGCUGCGUAAGGAAGCCGCGCACUGGAAACGUCUUGUUAACGAACAGUCGGAAAAGAGUGAUGCUCUGAAGAUAGCAGAACUGGAACAUAAUUUAGCUGAACAAAAAACGAAAUUUGAAAAUGAAGUUGCUGCGUUAAUUAUUGCUCAUAACGAAACAGUUGCUGAACUGAAGUCUCUGAAUCAGGAGGGCACGAAUGCCAAUGAAAAAGCGGAAAAUCCUGCACGUUACAUUGAACGACGUAUUUCUGAGAACGAUGUUUGCAAAGAACAAAUCCAUUUAUUGAUAGAAGAACGGAAUCUGCUACUGGAAAAAAUCAACUCCAUGCGAGAAGAAAAUGAACUACAAGCGGAUCAGGUAGACAAGUUGACAUUUCAAGCUGUCGAUAAAGUGCUUAGUAAAAAAAUGAAUGAAAUGGAACAACAAUGUGAAAAUUUACAGAAGCAAUUGGAUACAACAGAAGGAGAAAUUACUGAUAAGAAUUCUCAGAUUUCUCAGUUACAAACUGAAAUGGAAGAAGUGCACCAUCUCAUUGAUAUACAGCGUGAAAAGUUUGAAAAAGAAAUUGUUAGCGAAAGAGAACAGAGCAGAGCAAAAAUUGAAGAAUUACAAAAAGAAGUGGAGAAUUUACAACUGCUAGUAAAUUAUCAUAAAGAAGGUAGAGAUAGUAAAGAAUCAAAGAUGGCAGAAACCAUUGAAGAACUCAGCAAACAAAUUAUGAUAUGGCGAAAACGAGCCGAAUGUUUGGAAAGCAGAUCAGAGGAGCAAACAACAUUAGAUCGAGAAUUAGAAAAACUCAGGCGAGAGAAUGCUGAACUUACAGCAGCUUAUAAUGAUUUGAAUGAAGACUUUGAAAAUCACAAAGCAGAACAUGGUUCUGUUGUUAUCUCGAAUCGUGACUUGACUGCCCGUAUCGAUGCUUUGAAAGCGAAUCUUAUUGAAUAUGAAGAGCGUUAUGAAAUGUGCAAAAAUGAAAAUGCUGAAACCGUUCAGCAGCUUGAAAAACUUUCAAACGAUUUUGAACGAUUACGUUUAUCGUUUGAAAGUUCGAAAACAAAAAAUGCUUCAAAUGCAGUGGAUGAGGUUGAAAGACUUCGUACAGAAUUGGAUGCUUCAAAAGAUGACCGUGAAAAGUUACGUGCUGAUGUCGAACGUUUUCGAUCGGCUAUCGGUAUUAUUGAUACGGAACUGAACAGAUUAAGAGAAUCAAAUGACAGAUUAGUCCAAGACAACAAGGCCAUGGGGGCUAGUUUAGAUAAGUUCGCUGAAAUUCGAGAUAUGUUGGAAAAUAGCGAUAGUGAGUUAAAAAACCUCCGAGAGAAAUUCUUCCAACUUCAGAGCGAACAUGAAUUAAAGGAAAAACAAUGGCGCGAACAACUGUUAGAAUUGAGUGAAGCACGUGAUGAUGCUAAGCGUCGGUUGGAGGAAUGUCAGCGGGAAACAGCAAUACGACAGUCACGUUCGUCUGAUACUGCUUUAUCUGCCGAAAUUGUUGAAUUAAAAAGUGAGGAAGCCAAAAUUACAACAAGUAGCGAAGGUACUGUGGAUUCAAAUAACGGAUGGGAAAAGAUGGCAGAUUGGGAUGCGACAGCGCCCAUAAAUGGAUCAUCAUCGGCAAAUGGUUCAAAUAAUUGUACAAUUAUGAAUGAAUUACGUGAAGCUCUGGCAGUUGUGACAGAAAAAACAGAAGAAUGUGAGGAACUACGUCGACAAAAACAUGAACUCAAUAAAGAACUGGAUCUACGACAAACGUGUAUUGAUGAGUUGAUGGUGCAAAUGAAUGUUUUACAAUCUCAACAACAUAUAAAUGCAGAAACUUUUGCACAACUUCGUGGUUGGGCAAAUGAACUAGAACGUGAUAAGUUAGAAUUGGAACGAAAUCUUGUUCAUACAAAAGAAAAAUUAGAAUAUGUGCAAAAGCAGUUGGAUACUGUUAAGGAAGAAUUAGUAAAUGUCAAACAAGUUGAUUCGAUGCAGCAAACAAUAGAAGAAUACGAACAAAAAAUGAGGGAUCAGAAUGCUGCUCAUGAAGAAGCUUUGCGCAACACUAAUACAGAACACAUGAACGUUCUCGAGGAAAUCGAGAAUAAACUGAAAGCAGCCGAGGACGAAAUAAAGCAGCUACAACAACAAAACAAAGUUGCAGAAGAAAAACACGAAUCUGUAGUUAGAGAAAAGGACGAGUUUUUACGUAUAAAUAAGGAGUUGAUGGAAGCAAUGCAAAGAAAGAGGGAAUUAGAAAAAGCAAAUUGUGAACUGCAGCAUAAACUUAAUGAGGCAUCAACACAAUUAACAGAAGCUGAAAAGCUUCGGGUCGAGUUAAUUGCACUAGUGGAACAGAAGCAUACUGAAAGUAUUAAAUAUCAUACUCAGUUACAGUCUGUACUCACUGAGAAAGAGCAACAAACCAUCACUUUUGCUACAUAUGUUGAAAGAUUAUCUGUCUUAGAGCAAGAAUUGAAAAAUUGCAUGGAUGCUCGGGACAAAGCAUUAAGAGAAUGCGAACGACUACGUGAUCAUUUAUUAACUACGGAAGAAGCAUCAACUAAGGAAGCCCUAGCUGCAGAAGAACGAGAAACUGAAUUGAGGCAACGAAUCAGAAUACUCGAACAAAAAACGGAAGAAUCAGCAGAUAAUGUUAUAGAGUCUGCUAAUGCGUAUCAGCGAGAAAUUACCGAGUUGACCAAUGAAUUGGAUUUUAUGAAAAAUGAGAAAGUAUCCAUCGUCGAUAGAUUACAAGAACGGGAGAAAACAUUGGCUGAUACGAAAAUAGCACUUUCAAAUUUACAAAAUGUUUUGCGCGAUAUCAGUAUAGAUCAUGAAGCACAAAAAUUAAGUUUGGAUAUAGCUCAGUUUAAGCAAGCACAAAAUAUUGUUGAGGUUGAAAAGCAAUUGUUGGAAGAGAGAACUGUGCAUCUGAAGGAAGAAAUUACUAGAAAGAAUGUGAUGAUUGAGGAACUUGAAGCAAGUCUUGACGAGCAUGCGCAAUUGACAAUGUCAUCGUAUACCAUCGAUGAUCAAGUAUUGCGUCAACUCUUUAUGUCUUAUUUUACUGCUGACAAAGAUAAACAACCAGAAAUUGCUGUUUUAUUGGCUUCGGUGCUCGGUUAUUCACAAGAGGACGUUGCAAAAAUUAAUGCUGCAAGUCAUUCUUCUUCAAGGGGGUGGUUUGGUUUUGGUAGUUCAUCGAAGCUUUCUCAGCAGAACGUUUCUUUGGCAGAACAGUUUGUCCAUUUCCUAGAAAAAGAAUCCUUAACAACAUCUCACUCUCUUCCGGUUCAGCAGUCUGAAGAAAUAGAAACAAUACGUUCCAAUGUUCGGUUAAAAUGUUCAAGAACAUCAUCCGCAGCCGAUUUACACUCGAUAUUGAAUACAUGA